AUGCGUAUCAGCGGUGUGACACUUUAUAGGAUAUCUUCACAAGUUCGGAAUGUUGUCAAUGGACAAUGGACAACUACACAUUAUACUGUCAAGGUUAGUUUGAAAAAUACUCAAUUUUCGAAAAAAAAUGAAGAUUUGCAGGACAGAUCAAAAGAUGCUCGAUGGAAAGAUAUUGAUAUGACACGUGUUAGUGAAGAAUACGAUGUUGCAAUUAUUGGAGGUGGUCCUUCUGGUCUUUCAACAGCUAUUAAACUCAAACAAUUGGCUGAAAAAGCUCAAAAAGAAUUGCGUAUUUGUGUCAUCGAAAAAGCUCCAGAAAUUGGAGCUCACACUCUUUCUGGAGCUGUUAUUGAGACACGUGGAUUGGAUGAAUUGAUUCCGAAUUGGAAAGAACUUGGAGCCCCGGUUUAUCAAAAAGUUGAUAGUGAAUCAAUCGCGAUUUUGACUGAAACUGGAAGAAUUCCAGUCCCAAUUGUUCCCGGUGUUCCAUUGGCAAAUCAUGGAAAUUAUAUUGUUCGUCUUGGAAAAGUUGUUCAAUGGUUGGGUGAACAAGCAGAAGCUGCUGGAGUUGAAAUUUGGCCAGGUGUUGCAGCCGGUGAAGUAUUAUAUAAUGAAGAUGGAAGUGUAAAAGGAAUUGCGACAAAUGAUGUUGGAAUUGGAAAAGAUGGAGCGCCAAAAGAUGGAUUUGAAAGAGGAAUGGAAAUUCAUGCUAAAUGCACAGUAUUUGCUGAAGGAUGUAGAGGACAUUUGAGUAAACAAGUUCUCGAUAAAUUUGAAUUACGAACUCAUCCAAUGACUUAUGGAAUUGGAUUGAAAGAAUUGUGGGAAAUCGACCCAGCAAAGCAUAGACCUGGAUAUAUUGAACAUACUAUGGGAUGGCCAUUGGUAAGAUUAUUUGUGAUUUUAUUUGAGAUUUUAUGAUGUUUUUCAGGAAAAACAUCAAUAUGGUGGAUCAUUUUUAUAUCACAUUGAAGAUGAAGGACAACCAUUAGUUUCUGUUGGAUUUGUUGUUGCACUCGAUUAUUCGAACCCAAAUAUGAAUCCAUAUAAGGUAACUUCUUGGGAUGAAAAUUGAGUUUUUUCUCUCAUCUAGUGGCACAUGUCACUAAUAGAUUUUGAAGUUACAAAAACUUUAUUCAACAAAAAUACGUGUGAUUUUCAGUAUAAAAGGGAGCAUCUGAAAUUUCUGAUUCCAAACUUAAGAUAAAUUAAAUUGUAAAAAUUUGUUUGUAUAAUUAAUUGACCCAAAUCUAAAUUUUUCUUAGGAAUUCCAAAGAUACAAAACGCAUCCCUCGAUUUCUAAACAAUUAGAAGGUGGAAAACGCAUUGGAUAUGGAGCUCGUGCAUUGAAUGAAGGAGGUUUCCAAAGUAUUCCAAAAUUGCAUUUCCCCGGUGGUUGUUUAGUUGGAUGCUCGGCUGGAUUUUUGAAUGUUGCCAAACUCAAGGGAACACACAAUGCUAUGAAAUCUGGAAUUGUUGCUGCUGAAGCGAUUUUCAAGGAAUUGGAGACUAAUUCCGAAGCGAAAUGUGAGUAAACUUGGGAGUUUUGGGGGAAAAAUAUAUGGGAUGAAAAUUGUUUUUCUGAAUUAGAAAAAUAUGUAUGCCUCUUAUGAUUUCAGCAAUUGACCCAGCUGAAUAUGAGAAGAAUUUGCAAGACACAUAUGUUAUCAAAGAACUCAAAGCCACUCGUAAUAUUCGUCCAUCUUUCAAUACAUCACUUGGAUGGUUGGGAGGAUUAUUAUAUUCUGGACUCUUCUAUGUUUUGGGAAGAGGAAAAGAGCCAUGGACUUUGGCGCAUGGAAAGAAAGAUAAUGAGAAAUUGGUGAAUAUCAAAGAUGCGCCAGCAAUUGAUUAUCCAAAACCAGACGGAAAAUUGACUUUUGAUUUGUUGACAAGUGUUUCAUUGACUGGAACAAAUCAUGCGGAAGAUCAACCGGCACAUUUGACACUUAAAAAUGAUCAGGUUCCACUUGAGGAGAAUCUUGCCAAAUUUGGUGGACCUGAAGCCAAGUUUUGUCCAGCUGGUAAGAUUUUGAGCGGGGUUGGGGUUUUCAAAAAUUAUUCGGCUCCAAAAUUUUUAAUUUUGCACAACAAUUUGAAUUUGAAAAUUAUGACACCAAAAACUCAGGAAAUUUUCUAUAAAAUGAACAUAUUGCUUCCCAGAAAUCCGAAAAUCAAAUUUUGACGCUGAAAAAUUCCACGUGGCAACAUUUUUUUCUACCCGAAUCACCACGAAAUUUUUCCAGGAGUCUAUGAAUUUGUUCCAUCUGAAACUGACGCAUCAAAACUUCGCCUUCAAAUAAAUGCUCAAAACUGUAUUCAUUGCAAAACGUGUGAUAUCAAAGAUCCCCUUCAAAAUAUCAAUUGGGUUACACCAGAAGGCGGCGGUGGACCAAAAUAUCAAGGAAUGUAA